AUGACAUCCGUCAUUUUUAAUGGUACUAAUAUAACAUUAUUUCAAAUACCUAUCAAUGCAACCUAUCAUCGAAUCUAUUCUCUUCCGCAUAGACCUAAUCUCAAAAACAUCGAAUUAUUGGUGAAAUUUUUUAAUAGUGCUUAUACAACAACAUCACCACCACCACCACCACUACCACCAACAGCAAUAACAACAAAAAGAUAUUUUAUCGCUCAAGAUAUUCAUAUUGUAUUAUUUUUAUGUGAACAAAAUUCUAUUGAACAUCAAUUUCAUCAAAAAACUAAUAUGGAGGACGAUCCUAUCAAACCAAAUACUAUGACAAAUGACAAAAACGACCAAUCAAACAACGGUUUUGAUACUAAGGUUUCUACGGCUUGUCCAACCAAUUUAAAUACAGCAGCAACAACAAGCGAUACAACAUCUGAUCAGGAUAUUCAGAUGACUUCAUCAUCUAUGAAUAUUCAACCUCGUUUGUUUCAAGCAGAUUCUAUCAUCGAUUCGACUACUUUUUCAUGCAUUGAAGUGAAUGUUGACAGCAAUAUGAAUGUCGUAGCACAAGAAAGAAAACAAACAAACAAGAUAAAUUCUAAAGAUGAAAAUGGUUUGAAUAAAAUUCUCAAUGAUGCAAGAGAUACACAGAUAGAACGACUUUCUCAACGGAUUAUGAGGGAACAACCUAGAGACGAUGAAAUAGCUCAAUUUAUUCUCCAAAAAUUUGGUCUUUUAAAAGAUAGUACAAAAAUAAACACAAAUAUGAAUGUAAAUGAUACUAACGAUCAACAAAUUUCCACAUCGUCCAUCAUUUCUACACAUCCUGAUUGUGUUUAUAAUGAAUAUAUGAAAAAAGGUAGUAAUUAUAUUGAAUUAAAUGAGUUCAAAUCAACAACAACAACAUAUGGAUCAAAACAAUGGCCAUCUUCAUCAUCAUCAUCAUCAUCAUCAUCAUCAUCAUCAUGCGUAUUGAAACCGGCAUUAUCUACUUCUUCAACAACAACAUUUGAAAAUGAUAAUCAAGAAUUAUUAGUACCAAUACCCGCAAGAACAAUGACUGAAAGAGCACAAGCAGAAGAAAGACAUCAACAUCGAAUAGAAAUAGCUAAACAAGCAGUCAAAUUAGCAGAAACCGAUGUUGAUAAUGCUAUGAAUCUAAUUCGACGAGAAAUGUUUGAUAAAACUGUUCGAUGUGAUUCUUGGUAUUUGACACUAAUUAACUAUGUUCAUUUACGAGCACAGCGCGAUGCUGAUCGACGAGGUGAUAUUUACAAGGAAUUCAUUUGGCCUCAUUCAUUUCCUGAUUGUACACCGAAACUUCGUGAAGCAAUGAAUGAAUGGAUUCAACAUGAGUUUUCUCGUGUUAAUCGUGCAAAAUGUCUCAUUCUAAUUGGACCAACUAAUACUGGCAAAACAUCAUUUGCACUAUCAUUACCUGGUCGUGUUAAUUAUUCUGAAGGAAAAUGGAAUUUAUACGCAUGGAAUGAUUAUGCUCGAUAUUCUGUUUAUGAUGAAGUCCCAUGGGAUAAUUUUGAAAAACUUGAGUAUCCUAUUAAACAACAUCUACUUACACAGCAAGGAGACGUACAACUAAACUAUGGAAAGGAAGAAAUAAUAGACUACAUUACUUUUCGACAACCAGCUAUUGUUCUACUAAAACCUGAAGAUGCCGGCUCAUUAAUUGCUCAACCAUAUAGUCGUGGUCAGCAAAACACCGCUGCAUAUUGGAAAAAAAGAAGUUUCGUCUAUAUUAUGGGUAAGAUGUAUAUUCAUAAAUAUUAA